ACAAAAAAAGAAAAAAAAAGAAAAAAUACCUUUGCAUCUGGCACCACUAUUUUGGAACAAGGAACACAUAAGUUUCUAUUUGGAACACAGCAACAUAAGCAAAAAUGUGAGAUAAAAUAAUUCCCUGUAAACUACGUUAUAGGCAAUGAACAAUAUGUGACCUGUACAGUAGCUAUUUUUAUUAGGUACAGAUAAAGCUUAUUUCUAUUGGUGUGGGCCAAUCAAAACAUGAAUUUUAUAUUCUUUAUCCUUCGGCCUUUACUUCAGUUGAUCAUAGUAACUGCCAUCUAGCAAAUGUUAGGCUUCUGAUGAAUUAGAAUAUUUGUGGAGUACAUACUGAUAAAUGUUCGUAUAAAUAGCUAUAAAUUGCCACAGAAAAAGUAGCUGUUGCACAGCUCCUUCCUUCUCAAAGGCUUUGAACAAAGCUGCCAGAAGAGGUCCAUCAAUCAAUCCACUUUCAAACUAUUAAGGAGAAAAUACAUUUCAGUUAUGAAAUGACUGAAUGGCAUUGUUUUGUUGCUCUGUGAGAGAGCAAAUAGCAGUAUAAUUAAAGUGUUUUCCUCUUCUUUUUUAUCAUUAUAAGGUCUUACAUUUGAAGAUGAAAGGCAGAAUAGACAAAUCUGGGUAAAUCAGUGGUCUUCAAUCAUUCGGACCUGGACCUUUAAACAAAAUAUGCAUCACGGACCCACUACUUAUUCUCAUUAUUUUAUCGCAUAUUGCUCGCACAAAGACUGAGCUGCUGCUGCUGCUACCCAUCAGCUGAGGAAUUCAAAGUACUCUUGUCACUUUAACAAUAAUAGCUUUCCCCAAAGAAUUAUGGGAACCAUAGUUUAAGGGUGCUGGGAAGGAACUGUAGCUCUAUUAAGGGCAGCAAAUGGUUAGCUAUUAAGGGCAGCAAAUGGUUAGCUAUUUACUUUAAUACUGUACUGUAUUUACAGUAUUAGGUGCCAGGGACGGGGGAAGAAACAUUCGCGGCAUUUUUCCGCCUCGGGUGCCGAACUACCGGUAACUCGACCAGCUUUGGGUACUACUAUAGAAGGCAACAUUUGCCGCUCCGCCUCAGGCGGCGAAAUGCCUCGAUGCCGCCCUUCUCCUUCUCCCCACACGAGCGCAGGCAGAGAGAGAGAGAGAGACCAACUUCCGCUCCCUCGCGUUCAGCGGUGCGGAGGGGGCCUCGCUCGGAACGUCAACGGACGCCUUCACAGGAAAGGAGCGCAUGCGCAGCUGAGGGAGUAGGCGGGGACACCGAGGCGGGGGUCAGAGGAGGGAGCUGAGGGAAAAGGGCGAGCGUCAGCUGGUACCAGCGCCCAAUCGGCGAAGAGCUCGUGGAGGCAGCUGUGAUGUUGUCACCUGACUGUGGUCGGGCAGCGCAGCGCCUGGAGAAGCCGCGGCGGAGUUGGCCCCGAGGCAGGUGGUCGAAGUGGCUCAGGCUCGCUUGAGGGAGCUGCGGCUGAGGCGGGUGUGAAGAAUAGAAGCAUGUUCCCUCUGAGAUCUUUAUCCACAGACGUGAUACAGAAUGUCUUUAAGUGAAAGGAACAGUGUGGUUUUUGCAUAUGAAUCUUCAGUACACAGUGCCAAUGUUCUGCUUAGCCUUGACGAACAGAGGAAGCAAGACCUUUUUUGUGAUGUUACCAUCUUAGUGGAAGAUCAGCGAUUUCGGGCCCAUCGCUCUGUGCUUGCAGCCUGCAGCAAUUACUUCCGAUCAAGAAUUGCGGGUCAGGUGGAACCUGAUCUUAUUAUUUUACCUGAAGAGGUAACACUAAAUGGAUUCGAACCUUUGCUUCAAUUUGCAUACACUUCCAAACUUAUUUUAAAUAAAGACAAUGUGGCUGAAGUCUGCAAGUGUGCAGAGUUUUUGGGAGUACAUGACAUUGAGGAAUCUUGCUUUCAAUUUCUUAAAUUCAAAUUCCUGGACCAUAAAUCAGGCCGGCGGGAAUACCUCCCCCAAAAAUGUUGUAAACAGCGCUGUCAGAAAGAGCUUCGUAAAAUAGGUGCUGAUGAUGGGGCUCUAGAAAUAGAUGGUGUGGAUGACAUUUUACAAAAUGAAUGCAUUCAAAAUCCUCAGUUGAAUGCCUGCAAAAAUGAACAAAAUUUGGAAAUGUCUCUUCUGCAAGAUAAUGCCAGACAGACCUGUGAGUCUGUAUCAGAAAGGGGUCAUGUCUUUGGUUUAGAGUCCCUAUAUCCCAAAUACAGGAAGUUCCAAAAAGCUUUAGGAAAUGAUAAAGUCGCUAUUGCGGAGUCCAACUCCAGUAUUAAAGAGAUUGCAUCUGUUCAUCAGACUGAAUCAAAUACUACUGGUGCUAUAAAGAAAUCUCUUGACUGUGCAGCUGUGCAGCCAGUCACAAAAUGUGAAGAUGCUCAGGUAGAGAUGGAAGAAGAUGGGAAAGAAGAGUUCGUAAAAGAGACAACCCCUCUGUUCCAAAGUAUUGAAUGCUCUGUGGAGAAGAUGGAUUCUGCUUUUGCCCCCCACAAUUUUUCUGUUGCCACUCACGGACUUUAUUCUGCCUCUUUCUUAAAUACAUACGAUCAAUGUUGUAAUUUGACUUUGAGUGGUAUGCAGAGCAAUACAGAGGUCGCUGAAAAAAAUGGCAUUGUUUCCGGAGCUGGAAGUUGCAAAUCAGUGAAUGAAAACAUUGAGGGCCCAUCUUUGAAAUCUCAUUUGUGUGACAGAGAAAAUGUGAACAGCAAUUCGCCUAGCAAUCGCAGCAGUGUGGAGAGAGAGAUAGCAGAGCAACUAGCAAAAGGAUUUUGGAGUGAUGUUUACAGCACAGAUCCAGCAUGUCAAGUCAGCUUGUCUCCUGCAUCAUCAAAAGACUUUACAGAGCAGGUCUGUUCCGAAAAGAAAACUGAGUGCCCCUGGUUAGGUAUCAGGAUCAGUGACAGUCCUGAGCAUGGCCCUCAAAGAACUUUUACAACUUUGAGCUCUGUCACUUGCCCCUUCAUCAGUAAUCUUGGAACUGAAAACAGCACUGAUAAUAAUAGUGGAGACUGUGUUCCAGAACAGCAAUCAGAUCAGUGCUCUUACACCUGUGUGAUAAACUUGGAAGAAGAAUCUGAAACUGAUACAGAAGGAGACAGUGAAUCCUGUUCUGCCAGAGAACAGGAAUGUGAGGUAAAGCUGCCAUUUAAUCCACAGAAGAUCAUUUCUCUAUCUAGAAAUGACUUUCAGUCAUUUCUAAAAAUGCACAAAUUGACGCCAGAAGAGCUGGACUGUAUCCAUGAUAUUAGAAGGCGAAGUAAAAAUAGAAUUGCCGCACAGCGCUGUCGUAAGCGAAAGCUAGACUGCAUACAGAACCUUGAGUGUGAAAUAGAGAAACUGCAAAAUGAAAAAGAGAACUUGCUGAAGGAGAAAGAUCAAAUUUUGUCAACACUGGUUGAGACAAAGCAGAAUCUGACAGGACUUUGCCAACAAGUAUUCAAGGAAGCAGCACUGAGUCAUGAGCAAAUACAGAUUCUUGCAAAAUAUUCUGCCUCUGAUUGUCCACUUUCGUUUUUGGUCCCAGAGAAGGAACAACCAGCACCAGCUGAUGUUAUGUCUGCAACGCCAUUGUGUGUAGAAUUAUCUGCAGGUCUUUCUGUUGCAUCAACAAAUGAUUAGAGUUCCACUUACCAAAAAUGUAAAAGUAGCAUGUGACAAGCACAAACAAUUGUCCAGUUCCUAUAAUAAUAUCUGAGAAAACAUUGUGUCCAAAGAGGUGUGCAGAACAGUAUUGGUCUUGCCAGUUUUCAUCAAUGAAUGACUUGAUAAAUGCACUACAGAAAAACCGUAUUUUUGUCACACUCUUACUAGCAGGGUUAAAAGAUUGAUUGCUUAGGAGGACUAGUGUGCAUCUGCUUAUGCUUAACUAUCCACCAUUCUCUGUGAACCCUAAAAGUAAUUAUGGGCUUCUCUCUUCUGACAUGUGAAGGAGCUGUUGUGCAAUUUAGAGGCUUUAGGCUGCCAGUGCCAUAUGAAUCAAAAUAACUGGGACAAUUUGCCUACUUAAAAAUUCCCUCAACAAUCCAGUCUAGAUGUGUUUCAAAUGAAUAAAUACAUCUGGUGACACAUCUUUGGGAAUAGUGGGUCAUUUCAUUAGAGACUUUUCUCAUUCUUGGCGUGUUGUCCUUUUAUUGGUUUCCAAGGGUGGCACCCAGUGCUGCAACAGUGGGGUUCUGCUGACAUAGUGGGACUCUUGUUUACUUUUCUCCCCCAAACACCCACCCAAUCUGCUUGGGGGACUGGAGGAGACAGGAGAGGAUGUUCCAUUCUAUCCAUUGGGCAAAAGUCAUUAGGCAUUGUUGGAUACUGCCCCCAAUACUUAAGGUUCUGCUUGACAUAACUUUUGUGCUUCUUGCUUGAGAUUUGAUAAGUGGUUAUAAAGAGAAUUAAAAUUAUCAAGUAUUCUAGAAGGAUUUCAGCUUUUACUAUUAAUAGCGGGACCAGUUCAGAUGUAUUUAAAAACUAUUCAAUGGAUAGUUAAUUUAUAUUAAGUUUUCAUUGUCUUGUUCUUCACUUAUAAAAAUAGAAUCACUUUGAUUCCUCAGUAGUUCUAACUAUUAAAAAUAAGAGAAUAGAGAAUUUUAUGGUAGGCUUCUCUGCAUUGUAUUAAUUACAGAAAAUCCAUAUAAAAUCUGUAAUUGCUCUUAAUAACAGAAGCUUUAUCUACAGAACCUCAAAUAUGUUUGCUGGUUUACAAAUGCAAAAGCCAAUGGAAUUCUUCAUUUCCUACCUCAAAACAGGCAUCUGUUUUUAUACCUAUGUUUGGUAUAGGAUCAUCUUUCUAUAACUGCUUUGCAAGAUUUUAGCAUAGUAGAUCUGCUAUUUCUUAACAUGCUAAGAUAUUGGUUAAGUUAGUUUGACUUUAGCCUCUAGGAAAGUAAAAUUGCAUUUUAUAAAAUAUAAUGCGAACAUACAAGGGGAACAUUUGGCCAAAUACAUAAUCUGAGCAGUACUUUUAAUAACCAGCAUGUAUUACAAAAAACUACACUACCUCAUAGAAUGAUUUCAAUAUCAUUCAAAGCUGCAGUGGUAUUCAUAAAUACUUGUCACGAAUUAGCAUUAUGAUUUACACAGCUUACAGACUUUUGACUUCAUUGUGGAAGUUCCUCUCUAAGUUCACUUGUUUUCUUUUGUGUAUGUUCAAUUCCAUUGUGAUAAUUUAGGGAAGGAUUUUGGGGGUUGUGUGCAUUUAAUAAGGCACUUACUCUUGAAGAGUUCACAUAACUUCUGUCCUAGGAGUCAUAUGCUUCAACUUCCUUUUGAUCUACCCUGUUCCUUUCUGACAAAUCAGUUAGCAGUGCCAAAUUUGUUUAGGCUUAUAAUGUAAAAAUUAUACUUUAAAGAAGUAGCUGUGUUUUGAAAGGAUGUAUCUGUAGGGAACUGGAUUUUCUAUGGGCUGGCUAGUGUUGAAGUUGGCGGGGGCAGUCUGGCUUAAGUCUCUGUCUCUCAAAAGCCAACUAACAAAGAGUCUGGAGGACUGGAUUACUGCCCAGUAGAGCAGUGCAUCCGAGCCUGCACUGCAUUCGUGCUGUUGGUUAAUAAAUUUACUGAGUGGUAUUCAACUAGUUUUGCUCUCUGUCGAUUUGUUGAAAUUAAUGGAGCUAAUGUAGUCGUGUUUGCUAAUUUCAUCAGGUCUACGUUAAGUAAAACUUAAUUGAAUACCACACAUGGUCUGUGAAUUGAAGCUCCAAGUUCAGUUCACAUUUUUAUAGGAAUUGUUAAAUAUGCUCAGUUUCUAAUACCUAAUUGAAAAAAGGAGGUGGCUUAAUACCCAAUCAGCUACCUCUAGGAAAGUUUGUACAGUGAUGCCUCAGGUUGUGUGCAAACACUGAAAGGCUAAAACAUCAACUUGCAAAUAUUUGGAAUGAACUUCAAUGGCAAUUUUAAUAUACAAGACUCUCAGGUAAAAUGUGUAUUAUUAUUUUUAGUUUCAGCCAAGAACAUUCAGUUUUGAACUUGUAAUAUAUUUGCAUCAAGGCAUGUCAAAAGUAGUUUAAAAUAUUUUGGGCAAAUUGUUAGGUGUUCUUCUAACAACAAAACAGCAUCAAGAUUGUAAAAAAUGACCCUCCAUUAAUUACAAUUGAUUAUAUAUCUUUCAUAGUACAGUGUUUUCUAAUGCAAUAAAAACCACUACCCUUUCUAAGGAGGUCUUCAUUUUUGUAAAAUUUUGGCAUUGUAGAAUUGAUGCAUACUGAUUGAUUCAUUUAGUACUACUAAAGCUGAACUCUGGAAAUAACAUUAUUUAUACAGUUUAUAUAAUAUAUUAAAGCAGCAAAUAUUACUGAAUUGGAAUAAAACUCCUAAAACUCACUUUCCUGAGUCUCAUUCUUAACUUGGAGAAACAAACAUAAUUUGUUACUGUGGUUAAGCUUUGGGUCAUAAAACUAUCUAUUUCUUAGGAAGUUUCUGAAAUCCUUGCUUAUAAGGGCUUAUUCAUACAGUGAUGUAGUUCAGACAUAGAAAAAAACCGUGGUUUCAUGCCAUGUGAAUUAAGCCGCCUUGUUUGGCUGCAAAUAGAUUAUAAGGUUUUGCUUCCACUUUUAAACAAAACACAAUUCCUUUUUAUGUCCCUGUGCUUUAUUUAAACCAAGAAUGUGGAACUGCUUUCAGUCUCAGAGCUGCUUUUCCUCAUGGGUAAAUGGGGUGGGUAUGUCCAGAAUUUUUUUGGGAGGGAGGGGGUGAAAUGUAAAAGGAGGGGGUUUGGUCAAUUGUAAGGAGAAAGGGGUUAGCAAUGGGGUGACGGGUAACGCGAGCAGGAGCACAUCCAUGUGCUCUUAUACUACUUUGUAAUACAGGCAACUCCCAAUUUACACAGGGGUUACGUUCUAAGGCAGGCAUCCCCAAACUUCAGCCCUCCAGAUGUUUUGGAUUACAAUUCCCAUCUUCCCCGACCACUGGUCCUAUUAGCUAGGGAUCAUGGGAGUUGUAGGCCAAAACAUCUGGAGGGCCACAGUUUGGGGGUGCCUGUCCUAAGGCAACACUCAUUUAAGUGAAAUCACAUAUAUUUGAAACACCAUUGAAAAAGCCUGCAAACAUCCCAUUCUGCUCCUGUACUGCCCCAUUCCUCCCUUUGUGUGAUGCCACUUUCAGAUUUGACGUGAUGUGUGUGUGUGCAGUCAUGCACAUAUUGAACGCUUGUAAAUGAAGAGUUGCCUGUAGUUGCAAACUGGUUGAAAGGUGGGAUAUAAAUUUGCUGAACUAAAUCAUGCCUGGGCACACCUGAAAUCCAUAUGCUGAUGUAAUAAAUUAUUGUGCAUAUAACUCAAACCUUACCUCUCCAAGUGUAGGGUGAUGGUGUUUUGAUUUAGUUUGAUUAGUCUCCACCUUUCAUAGAACCAUAGAGUUAGAAAGGACUUUGGAAUUCAUAUAAUCCAGUCCACAGUUCAGUGCAUGAUCUGCAUUGCAGGAUGCAACGACAGCAUCCCUGACAGAUGGUAAUCUAGCCUCUGCUUAAAUACCUGCAGUGAAUGAGAGCCCAUCAACUCCCCUCCAUUACUGAAUGGCUCUAAACGUUGGGAAACUUCUUACGUUCUGCUGCAAUCUGUUAAACCAUUGGUUCUAGAUAUGUCCUCUGGAGCAACAGAGAACAAGACUGCUCCAUGUUUUGUGUGAUAUUUGAAGACCACUAUGAGGUUUCCCUCCUCACUUUAAUCUCUUCAAGCUAGCCAGGUUAGUUGGACAUCUAUAAAAGUUAGAAAGCAAUAUUCUAAGACUGACUAGGCAGACCCAGAACUACUGCUGUUGCUGAGCAAGCAUAGGGAAGAAAUGUGAGGCAUAUCCUGCAUCUUCAUAAUAAAAUGAUUUGCUUUCUUCCAACAGGUGCAGCUUGCAGGCAAAAGUACAAGUAUAGGAACAAAGCAGAUGAUGCCUUGUGGCUUUAAUAGCUGUGUGGGAGGCAUAAAUUAAGUAGGGUAAGCCUAUUCUAGUAUGGAAAUAUCAAUUAUGAGAGAAGGUUCUGUUUUCCAUUACUUGUACAUUCUGCUUUACAUUGCAUUCUGUCGUACGUUACUUGUUUGUGGCCCCUGUUUUACCUUUGGACCCUAUACUUCAACACAGCUUAUAAUAUAGGAUUGCCAUAUUUCAAAAAGUAAAGACCAAGUAGUUUUGAGGAAACCACCCGAAUUGUUAAGCUUCUUUCAGGAAAACCCGAAAGUUGUUGAGUUGAUGUCCCCCAGACGUCAAUUCUGCCUGAAAUCCCGGUAAUGUCCGGGGAAAUUCGGAUGUAUGGCAGCCCUAUUAUAAUAUUCUGAUAACUGAUUUAUUUAUUUAUCACCAAGGAUGAACUUCAUAAGCUAAAAAAGUUCAACUGUAUGAACUUGAACUAGUUUGUAAGAGUAUGAACAUUAGCUUGAACUAGCUUCUUUUGGAACUGGGUUAACGUGAGCUAGAGCUUGCUCCUUUUUAAAAUGAACUUUCCAAGCAUUGGUGAAGAGUUAUUAUACAAUCUUAGUUCCCAUGAAGCUACCAGGAAGCAAGCUAAGAAUUGUCAUUCAGUGGUGAUCAUCUGCAUCCAUUUUCACAGUCAUCCUUUUAAUAGUGUCACAAAGAGCUUUGUAUUACAGAGGGAAGUACAGCAAGUGAGUUCUGCUUGCUAUAUAGACUUCAUGCAGUCAAUAUCAAUUUUACAGUGAAAUGUCUCAUAUAACUGGCAGUUUUCUUGCUUGACCUUUACAUCAGCAAGUCAGUUUCUUGAUUUUAUUGUUACUCUUUUGCCUCAAGUAUAACAGCAUAUCUAUCUAUCUAUCUGCCCAAUUUGCAAGAAGGCAGAGUCAGGUUCUUUGUGAAACGGUGGGGGUGCCAGCAUUGUAAUAGUGUUUCCUUUUUCAAACCCUGGUAAAUGCAUUUAUUAUUAUUUUUUAUAAAAAACUUAUUUAAGACCAGAGUUAAGGGUAUCAAGUUAGCUCAAAUCCACAAAUCUGGGAAAUUGAAUAAUGGCUCAACAGACUUGUCCCCGAUCUAUAACAAUGUUGUGCAAUGUCACAAAUUGUGGUUGCUAACAACUUGCCCUCCAUGCACCCACCCUUUUGCUUAGUCAUUCAGGACCUUGAAACUGGCUCGGUAGCAGAUGGGUUUUGUAUGCAGUUUUGCAUAACAUUUGUUUAUUAUUUUCACUGGAAAACCGCAUCACAAAAUUUGGAGAAGUGCACAUUUUGAAGGAUAGCUGUAUUUUGGUUCAAGAACUGAAUAAAGUAGGUUGAUGUACAACAUGAAGGGAAUUAAUUUCUCCCUCAUGCCUACCUCUAGGAUAGCUGUGAGUAACCCCUCGUCUUUCAGAUGUUGCAAGACCCCAGCAGCCCACCUGUUUUCAAGGACCACUGGGGUUGUAGUUGAGCAACAUCUGGAAGGCUGUGGGUUCCCUCUGAACAGCUUGGGACCAUCAUGAGGGUACAUCAAGUUUAGCUUUUCCCCGCACGAGCUUGUUUAAACAUUAAGAAGCCCUUAUUCUCAGUACAUUUCAACAGUUCACUCAUUGAGGAAAAAUGAAGACUGUUAAAAAAAUAACAAAGUUGCAGACCAGUUAAGGAUAUUUGUUUAUUCAGUCACAACUAUUUCAGACCGACCUUUCAGUAUACAAAUCCAGGGUUGCUUACAAAUUUCCCAUUGAAAUAUCCAGGCAGCUGCCAUCUUUGUAUUUCUACAGCUAAUUUAACUCUCCUGAUUUAACGCUCCACAUUCCAAGCUGUUGGUGAGCCCAGUUGAAGGGGAUUUUCCUCAGGUAGGCACAGCUGGGUCUGAAAUCAAUAACCUUUCAGCACCUGAUGAAAUCCUUUUUAUUGCUGUUCUUAAUCUGGUUUCAAAUUGAAAUAGUGCUCUGUUGAAUUUGAAUAGUAGUAGUAGAUGAUGAUGAUUAUGAUGGUUGGCAGUUUCUCUGGAAGCUCUUGGCCUGAACUUGCUUAAACUAAAUGAUUUUUUCAAGGCAGCUUACAGAGGCACAAUAAAACACACAGUACAAAUUGGUAGUUUUAACAAAGGCUUGAUGGUGGUUCAGUGGGGUUUCCCUGUCUCCUCUCUUCUUCUGCAGCAUUUUAACCCCCCCCCCAAAAAAGCUGCUCUUGAGGGUGACGUCACAUAACUGGAACUAUGCUAGCUGGGGCUACAGCUUGUGAUUUAAUGCCGCACUUGUGUCUCCAUGACUAUGACAAGUUCCCUGUAAAGAUUGUCUAAAUUUAGCUUUACUU